AUGACCUCCCUCCGACUCAAUCCGUCAACCCUCCGCUUAACCCCCCAACUCACCAAACCUCUACCCUCCCGUAUCCUCCGCGCCUCCAUCACAUCAUCUCUCGCCCUCAGGCCUCUAUCCGCUCAUCCCCUGAGGCGAUCACCACUCGCACCUGUACCUUCGUUCAAGAGAAUUCCUCCAUCAGCAAGCCCCUUCUCAACCGGAAAAUCCCAAGCUGACCUCCUCGUCGAAGAACUCCAAGAACUCUACGAAACCGCCAAAGACGAAUUCGAGAUCGCUACCGACAGCACCGCCAGCUCCACCAUCUACGCCGCCUCGGACCGCGAGUCCGCCCGCGAUGCCCUGAACCAGUUGCUUGCCGUGUACAGCCUCUACACGACCGAUAUCGCGGCCACGGCUGAGUCGCAUGCACCGCAGGAGUUGCAGCAGGGUGAUGAUGCUGCUGACGAGAGGGGCCAGUUGGUGAAUACGGAUUUCGAUCCGUCGGAGAUCCCGGCCCCCGUGCGCGAUGAGGUGCGGAGACGGGUUGGGCAGCGGGUGCGGGAGUUGAGUAAUGCGGUGGAGGCGUUGGAGGAGAGGGCUCAUGUUGAAUAG